AGGAAAUCCCCUGCAGCAUAAACCCAGAAGCCUAAAGCCAAGACAAAAGAGCAUCUACCAGCAGCUUCUUACUUCUGAUGAAAUCAUGCAAACAAAUGUAGGAUAUCAGAUCUGCUCCAAAUCGUCUCAUGUAGUUAUGGACUCUAAGCAGAAAACAGUGAGGAGAUGUGAACAUCUUGAAAGCGAUUGCCAAGAAGAUCAAGAAGAUUCAAGCGAUUACUGCUAUGGUGGGUAUCAUCCAAUCCAGCUGGGAGAUGUUUUUAAUAAAAGAUACAAGGUUGUGUCAAAGCUGGGUUGGGGUUAUUUCUCAACUGUGUGGCUUUGUAUUGACCUCAGGUCAGGCAGGCAUGUGGCAGUGAAGGUGUUAAAAAGCGGUGCUGGAUUUACUCAGGCCGGUCAAGAUGAAGUGACUUUAUUGCGCUGUGCCAGUGGUCCCACAGCCCGCAACCCUCUUAAAGAACGUAUAGUGCAGUUACUGGAUGAGUUUAAGAUAGCUGGAGUCAACGGGAUUCAUAUAUGUUUAGUAUUGGAGUUGCUGGGUCCAGACUUGCGCUGUUGGCAAGUGUGUUUUGGUAACCCAGGCCUCUCUCUCACCUGUGUCAAACGUGUCAUCACUCAGGUGCUUGAAGGGCUGGUGUAUCUUCACACCCACUGUAAGAUCAUUCACACAGACAUCAAACCUGAAAACAUACUGCUGUGUCUCGAGUCGCAAUCCUCACCUCACACUGCAGGGGGCGCUCUGUCAACAUACUCCUCGGACAUUAAAGCUGCAAUACUCCAGAUUCCGGGUAAGAAAACCAUAAACCGAGCAUCUGUGAAUCCUGGAGCUUUGGAGAACCUCAGGGUGAAGAUCGCAGACCUUGGAAGCUCAUGUUGGGUGUAUAAACACUUCAGCCAGGAGAUCCAGACCAGACAGUAUCGUUCACUGGAGGUUCUUCUGGGUUCUGACUACGGCCCUCCAGCAGACAUCUGGAGCACCGCUUGCUUGGCAUUUGAGCUUGUUACCGGCGAUUCCUUAUUUGAACCCAAAGCAGGGCAGAAUUUCUCCUUAGAGGAAGAUCAUCUGGCUCAUAUUAUUGAGCUCUUGGGAAAGAUCCCAGCAUCCGUGGCUCUGUCUGGCAAACACUCCUCUGAAUAUUUUGACCGCAAGGGUGAGUUGCUGCGAAUCGCUGCACUUCGUCCAUGGGGUCUGUUUGAAGUGCUUGUGGAGAAAUAUCAUUUUCUUCUCCGAGAGUCGUCACUAUUCUCUGAUUUCCUGUUACGAAUGUUGGACUUUGUACCAGAGCGGAGAGCCACAGCAGCUCAAUGUCUCAAGCAUCCUUGGCUCCAACUGUAACCUUACAUUCCUCCCCUGUACUGCACUGUACUGUAAUGUGGUGCUGUUUUAGCCCUUGUUUGGCUUUAAACUUGAAAUUGUAUUGUGAUAUAGAUCUUUGUUACUAAAGUGUUGGUUCAGCCAAAAAUAAGUGUGUUUUUAAUUUAUUCACCCUCAUGGCAUCGCAGAUGUAGGUGACAUUAUUUCUUCAGUAUACAGUAGGGAAGUUUCUUUAGCUCAGGAUCACCAAAGACCAUUGUUUCAGCCAAAAAUCUUCUUUCUUUAACUGAAUAAGCAAUGUGAGCUAAAUUUUGGAUUACCUGAGGGUGAGUAAAUUAACAAUUUUCAUUUUUGGGUGAAGUAGCCCUUUAAUCAGACUCGUAAUUUUGUAAAUGAGACUUCAAUAAGGAUGACUGGAUCCAUCACAUAGAUUCAUGCUUAUGAUACUCAACUAUAUCCAUAUGAAAAAGACAGAAACAGUUUGGAAUGGCUUCAGUUCAUUGCUACAUACAUUCCACUAUUAUUUCUUAUAUAUCAGAGACAAAAAAAAAUAAGAUUUGAUGUGAUGUUUUUGUGAUAAAAAUACAAGACCCUGCUAAUGAAAAACCAGCUAAAGUCAUUUUUUGUGAUUUACUGUUUUCUACAAACAAUUAUCCUAUACAUAAUGUAAAGAACAUGGACUGUGAAAACAUUACCUUGAUAUCUUUAAUAUUGACUGAGUAAGGUCAUGUUGAAGAUUGAAAUGAAGAAAAUUAGCCAUUGGUUUUUUUAUAAUAAUAAUAAUGUUUUGCAUAUUGAUUACCACUGACAAACCACGAUUUAAUCUGGGUUUUCGGGUGUCUCAGUGGGUAGCACUGUUGCAUCACAUCAAGAAGGUCCCCGUUUCGAGCCCAAAGGUGGCCUUUCUGAAGUUUGCAUGUUCUCCCUGUGUCAGUGGGGUUUACUCUGGGUUUCCACCCACAGGCCAAAAACAUGCAAGUAAAUUCCCCAAUUUGUGUAUAUGAAUUAAUUUGUGUGGAUCAACUUGUAUGUGGAUUAACCAGUUCUUGCCAUGAAUAUAGCCAUAGAUGCUGGAAUGGCGUAAGCCGUAAGGAAUAAAGAGGGAAUUUGCGAACCCCUGGUGGUUCGUGGGGGAAUUGC